AUGAUUCGCAAACAAGCACGUCAACGGCGCGAUUAUCUCUAUCGCCGGGCUCUCCUGCUACGGGAUGCCGAGAUUAGCGAGAAGAGAGCGAAGCUGCGCGAAUCCCUCGCAUCGGGGAAACCUCUCGACUCGUCCAUCGCCAACGACAAAGCGCUGAGGAAGGACUACCAAUACGACGAAUCCUCCCGCGACCUCGGCGUCAACGAAGCGCUCGAUCUGGACGAUGAGUACUCUCAGCUGUCGGGCAUCAUCGACCCCCGCGUCGUGUUGACGACGUCCCGCGAUCCGUCGGCCCGACUGUCGGCGUUUGCCAAGGAGAUCAGAUUGUUGAUUCCCACGUCGAUACGGAUGAACCGCGGCAAUCUCAUCCUGCCCGACCUGGUCAAGUCGUCGCAGUCGGCUGGAUUGACCGACAUCCUGCUGCUUCACGAGCACCGCGGAACGCCGACGGCCCUGACCUUGACCCAUUUCCCCCACGGCCCCACCAUCUCCUUUUCGCUGCACAACGUCGUCCUGCGGCACGACAUUCCCGGAAGCUUGCGGGGCACGGUCAGCGAGUCGUACCCGCACCUCAUCUUUGACGGAUUCACGACGCCGCUGGGCCUGCGCAUCGUCAAGAUACUGAAGCACAUCUUCCCGCCGCGAGACGCCAUCACGGGCAAGAACAAGGUCGGAAGCCGCGUGGUGACGUUUAAGAAUUUCGAGGACAGCAUCGAAGUACGGCAUCACGUCUUCGUCCGGACCGGCUACGACAGCGUCGAGCUCGCCGAGGUCGGGCCCAGAAUGACGAUGCGACCCUUUCAGAUCCGGGGCGGCACGCUCGAGAACAAGGACGGCGACGUCGAAUGGCAACUGACGCAGUACACGCGGACGGCGAAGAAGAAGAAUUACCUCUGA